AGAUAUAUAACCCCACUCACUGUUUACUGGUGUGAAUUGAUCUCUUUGACUGUUUGGGACCCGAGCCGUUUUUCUUCUACAGUCUCAAGCCUAAUUGCCUAAUAGACAAGUAGUCUCUGUUACUCUUAAUUGCAGCUCUAAUCAAACAUCAAACAUUUGAAAAUGGGUUUAGCUUCUAAAACCUUAGUUGUUCUUCUCUUCUUCUGCACCUUCUUCCUCUCUCGCUGGGAUGGUCAAAUCUCGUAGUUGCUUUCAUUGUCUUUCAUGUUCUUUCCCCUCAGUAACUUUCAAUAAUCUACAUUCUACACUACCUCCCCUUCUUCCUCUCUACUCUCAGCAGCAUAAACCCCGACGUUUGCUCUCUCUCCCUAGUGGCUAGUGCCAACAUAAACGCAGAAACCAUAUUUGUUCUCCUUCGCUCUCUCAAGCUGCAAACAUGAGCUCACAGGCUUCCAAACAGUUAAAACCCUCUAAACCUCCAAACCUCUCGACAACAUCUGCAUCAUCACCUUCAUCAACUUCGAGAUCUCCCUCCUCUCUUUCCUCCCAUUUCGCCAUGAUUGAACUCAAGCAGCGAAUUCUCAACUCUCUCUCCAAGCUCUCCGACCGAGACACCCAACAGUUAGCUGUAGAAGAACUUGAAAAGAUUAUCCAAACCCUAUCUCCUGAUGGCGUCUCAAUGCUCCUCAAUUGCCUUUACGAUGCUUCUAAUGAUCCCAAAUCCGCUGUCAAGAGGGAAGCACUACGCCUUCUGGCUUUCCUCUGCACUUCUCACACCGAGUCCGCAUCGACCCAUCUCACUAAAAUCAUUGCCCACAUCGUUAAGAGGCUCAAAGACUCCGAUUCUGCCGUUCGGGACUCUUGUCGUGAUGCCAUCGGGGUGCUAUCGUCGCAAUACCUUCGAGGCGAUGGUGAUAGUGGGAAUCUUGGGCCAGUCGUGUCAUUGUUCGUUAAGCCUUUGUUUGAAGCAAUGGGCGAGCAGAACAAGACGCUCCAGGCUGGGUCAGCAAUGUGUAUGGCCAGGAUGGUGGAGUGUGCUGGAGACCCACCUAUUGGCGCAUUCCAGAAGCUCUGCCCCAGGAUCUGCAAGUAUCUCAACAGUCAGAACUUCCUCGCUAAGGCCGCGCUCUUGCCUGUUGUGGCAAGUAUAUCUCAGGUGGGAGCAAUCGCACCUCAAAGCUUGCCAGUAAUGCUUCAAAGCAUUAAUGAGUGCCUUGAGAGUGCAGACUGGGCAACACGUAAGGCUGGAGCUGAUACAUUGACUGCCUUGGCAUCUCACUCAAGCCAAUUGGUUGCAGACGGGACCACUUCUACAAUAGCAUUACUUGAAGCAUGUCGCUUUGACAAGGUGAAACCUGUUAGAGAUAGCAUGACAGAGGCACUGCAGCUGUGGAAGAAGAUUGCAGGAAAAGGAGGUGAUGGAAUUCAGGACGAACUGAAAGCUAGAUCUCAUGAUGGCAAAAGUUCAGAACUAGUUGAGUUGGCAGACAAGACAAAUCCUGGUGAGAGAAUGGUGGAACCUUCAUCAAGGGAGACUUCUAAUUGCUCUUCCCCUUCUUUUGAUUCUCUUUCCAAAGUCAAGGGUAGUAUCUCUGACAAAACAGUUGGAAUACUGAAGAAGAAAGCACCUGCAUUAACUGACAAAGAGUUGAACCCGGAAUUCUUCCAGAAACAUGAAGCAAGGGGCUCAGGUGAUUUGCCUGUGGAAGUGGUUGUUCCCCGUAAAUGUCCUAAUUCUUCCAACUCACAAGAUGAGGAAGAAUCAGACCCAAAUGAUAAAGAUUCUAGAGGCAGGUCAAAUCACCAUGGUAACAUUGAUUCUGGUGAUAUUCAUGGAUCUGGCAGUGUUAAAUACCAAAACAUGGGGAGAGGAACUGUUGGUAUGUCUGAUAAACAACAAAACUUUGAUGAUGCUGCACGGGAUAAAUGGACUGAACAAAGAGUAAUGAGGGGAAAAGACUUGAAAGCAAGAGGUUGUAAUGCUGAUGAUAGUACUGACAUUAGUCAAAAGGACAAUUCCAGUGCCCAUUUGACUUCCCCUGGAACUGAUGACCAUUCUGAAGGUCCUUUCAUAAAUAACAAAGGAAACUGGUUAGCUAUCCAAAGACAGUUGACACAACUAGAGAGGCAACAAACUCAUCUCAUGGACAUGUUACAGGACUUCAUGGGCGGGUCCCAUGACAGCAUGAUUACUUUAGAGAAUAGAGUGAGGGGUCUUGAGAGAAUUGUUGAAGACAUGGCACGGGAUCUGACGGUGUCAUCAGGCAGGAAAGGUAGUACUUUUAUGGUGGGUUAUGAAGGAUCCUCUGCUAGGUUGGUUGGCAAGUAUAAUGGUCUCUCUGAUUACUCUAGUAGCAAGUUGGGCAGGGGUGGCAAUGGAUGGAUUCCAUUUGCAGAGAGGUACCUUUCAUCUGAUUGUGGUGUUUCAGGAGUGAGGGGAAGGGAUCCACCUUGGAGAUCUGAUGUGUUUGAUGCUUGGGAUUCUUGUGCAUAUGUUUCUUCAGGAAAUGGGCAUAUCAGUUCUAGAAGAGCUCUAGGUGGUGAUGAUAGGUCAUCUAGAGAAGAACAUAACAGUGAUCAGGUUGGCAACACAAGAGCUUGGAAUAAGGGGCAAGGAUCUGUUAGGCUUGGUGAGGGGCCUUCUGCAAGAAGUGUCUGGCAAGCAUCAAAAGAUGAGGCUACUCUGGAAGCAAUUCGAGUGGCUGGGGAAGAUAAUGAAACAUCACGAGCUGCUGCAAGAGUUGCUAUUCCUGAAUUAACUGCUGAAGCUUUGGGCAAUGAGAUUAUGGAGCAGGACCAGGACCCAAUCUGGGCUUCUUGGAGCAAUGUUAUGGAUGCAGUUAAUGUAGGUGAUAUUGAUUCAGCAUAUGCUGAAGUUCUAUCUACAGGAGAUGAUCUUUUGCUUGUGAAGCUGAUGGAUAGAUCAGGUCCGGUACUGGAUCAAGUCUCUAAUGAGACAGCAAGUGAGGUUCUUCAUGCUGUAGGACAGUUUUUACUGGAGCAGAACUUGUUUGAUAUUGGUUUGUCCUGGGUCCAACAGUUGGCGGAUCUGGUGAUUGAAAACGGAGCUGAUAGCUUGGGCAUUCCAAUGGAAGUCAAGAGAGAACUUUUGCAAAGUUUGCAUGAGGCCUCUUCAGCAAUCGACUCAUCUGAGGACUGGGAAGGCUCCACACCUGACCGGCUAAUGUUGCAGUUAGCAUCCGCUUGGGGAAUUGAUUUGCAACAGCUUGACAAAUAGAGUUCUGCAGCUGAGUGGUCUCUCAGCUUGGUGCUUGUAUUUUUUUUGGUUGCUAUUAUGUCUAUAUCAUUACUUGUAAAUUUGGAUUCACUUCAUGUGUUUCAUACAUAAUUUUAAUAAGAGUGAGACAAGAAAUGAAAAGGAUUUUCA